AUGUCAACAUCUGUACAGGUAGAGCCAGUCACGGAAAUAAGUUAUGGAGGAGUUGGCCGCUGCAAGUGCUCAUUCUGGUUCGCAGUGUUCCACGACAUACUCGGCGUCUUCAUCAUGAUGGUGGGGGUGUUUGGAGGACUUGUUGUCCACGACUUGUUCAUCUACGCAGGGGCUCUCAUCAUCUUCCUCAGCCUGAUCUGGUGGGUGUUCUGGUACUCCGGGAACAUCGACGUGCCACCAGAGGAUCUGGAGGACGACGUGGGCAUGAUGAAGCUCAGGAACCGCAAACUCAGCAGGGUGGUGAGGAACAUGUCCGACCGCCUCUCCAGCAGGAUCAGGAACUCUUUCAGAAGGAACACCCCUACAGGCAACAACAGACCUCGUACAGAUGUGCCGCUCUCCACUAUCUUUGACAGCGCCAUGGCCUCCUCAUCUAAAGAACUACAGAGAGAGACUCUGUCGAUAUGA